GAGGGCUGAGAUUGCCUUCCUCCUCAUUCCUAGAACCAUCCCGCAUAUCGUAGUGACAUACAUACCUCAUAUCAUAUUAGAGCUGGUCUUCUUUUGCUUUGGCGCUCUAUUGUUUUAAUUAUUUUGGCGUUCAUGCGUCUUUUGUAGUUCUUAACUUACAGAAUAUUGUUCUUUAACAAAAUGCAAUCGAGAGAGAGUUUCUAGCAUCGAAUUCUAAUAUAACGUUAUCCGAGUCCACAUAUGCCGGAGGUGACAAACAUGAGCUUUGGGGACACUUUACUAUCGAAGCUAGGACUUGGUGAAGGCGGAAUGUCAACUCUCUUACCACUAUAUACAUCGUCGCCGCGGCGUCAGGCAGAAGAACACGACCUCUCCGAACUCUCUCCCCGACCUGACGAUGCGCUUCUCUCCCCAGAUUCAACUCGUAUAUUCGCCUACAAAGAUAUCGUUUCCGAUACUCCUAGCGGAUCCGGAACUAAUACGCCAAACAUGAAUCCUUCCCCUCGCUCUAAAGGCAAAGGCAAGGCGAUCGCGUUCGCCUACCAAGGUCGGCCGCAGUAUUCACGAUCUCGAACCCCCAACUCCGUAGACGACUUUAGUGAGCCUACAAGCAAUGAUCUUAAGGUUCCGCCUGGUAUUUGGCGACCAACCAUCCGCACCGAGCCACGCGACAGUAGACAUGCUACUACCAGUACCCAUACAUCUCUUGUCGAGAGUAUAUUCAAAGGACGACCUGAUCGUACGGCGGACCGUACGAUACAGUCGGAGGUUGAUAACACUUUCAAAAUGUUACAGCGGCGGGAACGCCAAUUGCAGAAUGAACUUCAGAAGUUACUAGAUGCUCAAGGUGUUGCGCUAGAACGAGAUCUUGAAGGGAACGAUACAGGAAAGACUUCCUCCAAAGACACCAAGCAAAAGUUAUCACCAGAUAUGACGGCAUCUUCCGUUCAGACAAAGCUGUACGAAGGUUCGGUCGUGCCUGUUCGCCAGCCCAAGAAAAGACCUCUGUCGAAACGACAGGCCCGUAUUGGUAUCGCUCGAUCUGUCACCAUGCUGGCUGACUUGAAGAAUGAGGAAGACGCAUAUAUCGCCACUGCGUUGGCUGAGCGGAAGGCCGCUUUAUCAAGGCUACGUAAUCUGUCGUCGCAGCGCAAAUCUAUCACGGCCGAUUUGAAGGCUUUAGAAGAAGAUAGCGAGACGCCGAUCGAGACCGAAAUAGUGACGAUGGAGAAUCAGCACCGUACAGUAUGUGCUAAUAUCGAGAAGCUCGAGGAAAAGCUCAAACAGUUGAGGAGGACAAAAGCUAGUCUAGAAAGAAAGCUUGAAGAGGCCAGGAGUACCCGAGAAGCCAGCCUUAGCGGGUACAAGGGGGCGCUGAAGCAGUGCGAUCAGGGCAUUUUUGAGCUGAUGAAAUACCCAGGCGUACAAGUGCUCGAAGUCGAGGAUUUGAAGGAACAGGGCGGUGAGGAUUUCGCUGCGCUCAUGUCGAAACAUAUGUCUGGCGUCGAUUUUCUUUCUUUGCGACCAGAGAGACGAACGACGGAAAUGGCGAAGGAUUGGUGGGAAGGUGAAGUUGCUGUGCUCGAGCAGCGCAAAACUAUCGUUGACAAGGAACGGGCGGCGCUGGAGGAGGGUAACGAAAUAUGGCAGCAGGUUCUCACCAUGCUUGUCGAUUUCGAAACCCAACUAAACCAAUCGCUACAAGAUGCCACGAAGCAGCAGCAAAAUCUUGAAUCCGGCGACCCGGCAUCUAUUCUGCGAGAUCAGUACAAGGUCCUCAAGGGGACCUUGCGUGAAAUUCAAAGGCAGCAUGACUAUGUCGAGUCCCGCGGCUGGAACCUCCUAAUUGCUGUCAUCGGCGCCGAACUCGCACACUUCGAGGGUAUUAAGGAAUUCCUCGCGGAAAUAAUCCGCAGCUCUGGGUACGACAACGGCAUAAUCACACCAGUUACAUCUAUCGGCAGCAACGAUCUCGUUGACGUGCGCGAAAAUGGGAUUUCGGAUAUCGAACCGCGCUCCUCGGAACCGGACGAGGAUGAGGAACUUAGCCGUAGCGUGGUCCGGCGUUGGGACAACCCCGAUGCGCAGCAACUGAGCAGCCCCCCUGCAGAUCUGCUCGGCGCCGCGCACCGCGACGAGAGCGAUAAUGAGGUGCCGCCGGAAUUGCUGAGCGAAGCACCACACCACGAGAGCGAGGAUGAGAGCCACAAUGAUAUCCCCGUCGAAUUCUUGUCCAUGCAUAGUCCCCCGCAGAGCCGGAUUGAGAAGGACAUACCUAUGCCUAACCGCAGCCGCCUCAGGAGGGAGAGCAGUGAGAUCGAAGACGAGGAUGAUAACCAGAUCCCGCCGGAUCUGCUCUCCGAAAGCCGCAGGGAUGACGAUGUCGUUGAUUAGUCUAUACGGUUAUCGAGAUCGUUGUGUGUAUGUAUGUGAUGCGGUCAUGAAUGCGAGUCAUAAAUACAGCGGUUACUAUUUAUGAGGAUGGGAUCCGGAGUUAUGAAUACAGCGUGGCGUGGUCUGCUUGGUGUUGGGCGUAGAGGAAUUGCUUAUCUGGCUACCUAGUUAGUUAGUAUACGGGAUUGCAUUGCGGACUGCAUGGUCGUGACGGGAUCCAGCAGAGUUCAGGGGUUCGAUGCGGAUACCAUGGGUAUGACGGUUUAGCAUAUUAGAUCAGCGUUGGGGGUAGAUACUCCUAUUUUACGAAUGAGACAUUUAUUACGAGUAUCAGUGCA